AUGGCAGGCUGGGGUGUCCUGGAAAACUACGAAGUGGUUCGCAAAAUCGCUAACAGCACAGGCCGGGGAAAGUACUCUGAAGUCUUCGAGGGCGUUAACGUCGUCAACUAUCAGAAGUGUGUGAUCAAGGUGCUGAAGCCCGUGAAGAAGAAGAAGAUCAAGCGCGAGAUCAAGAUCCUGCAGAACCUGUCGGGCGGCCCCAAUAUCGUGGCGCUGCUGGACGUGGUACGCGACUCGCAGAGCAAAACGCCGUCCCUCAUCUUCGAGUACAUCAACAACACCGACUUCCGGUCGCUGUACCCCAAGUUCGCCGACAUUGACGUGCGCUUCUACAUCCUGGAGCUGCUCAAGGCUCUUGACUACUGCCACAGCAAGGGCAUCAUGCAUCGUGAUGUGAAGCCUCAUAACGUUAUGAUUGAUCAUGAGAACCGCAAGCUCCGCCUGAUCGACUGGGGCUUGGCCGAGUUCUAUCACCCCGGCACCGAGUACAACGUGCGCGUGGCGUCACGCUACUUCAAGGGCCCCGAGCUGCUGGUUGAUUUCCAGGACUACGACUACAGCCUAGACAUGUGGAGCCUGGGCGCCAUGUUUGCCUCAAUGAUCUUCCGCAAAGAGCCCUUCUUCCACGGCAACUCCAACUCGGACCAGCUGGUGAAGAUUGCCAAGGUGCUGGGCACGGACGACCUGUUUGACUAUCUCGACAAGUACGAGAUCGAGCUCGACACGCAGUACGACGACAUUCUAGGCCGCUUCCAGAAGAAGCCGUGGCACAGCUUUGUCAACUCGGACAACCAGCGCUUUGUGACCAGCGAGGCCAUCGACUUUCUUGACAAGCUUCUGCGAUACGACCAUGCGGACCGCCUAACGGCGCAAGAGGCCAUGGCACACCCGUACUUUGACCCUGUGCGGGAACCAGACACGAGAGAGCGUCUGAUGGCCAACCCACCCACCAAUGGCACUCCCGCAUAG